CAUCAAAAACGCUUCCAGGAAACUUCUUCAAAUCUCUCUUUUACUACAAGAUUCCACGCGUUGACAAAAAAGAUCUCCUCGUCUACUUCCAACUGAUUUCUAAAUCAAGACAAUAUUGGAACAUAAAAGGAUAUUCACAGAUUUUGUGGAGACAUUGGGGUGAUGAGAGAUCAAGUGUGGAGAUGGGUUUUAGGGUUGGUUUACAUAUUUGCAGUUGCAACAAUAUGGAUUGCAGCUAGUUUCGUUGUCCAAUCGGUUGUAGACGAGGGCGUUUCGCCGUUUUUGGUCACCUACAUUUGCAAUUCAUUGUUUUUUGUGUACAUACCAUUAGUAGAAAUUGGGAGGUAUUUGGAGUGUAGGAAUGGAAGCAUUUUCUCUUGGCUAAUUAGGAGAAAUGAUGUUGCAUUGCAAGACGCUAAGGUUUCAGAAGAGGCUAUUCUGCUUCCCAAUAACGAGAUAUCGAAUGAUGGUGAAGUUGAAGCUGAAGCGGUCGGGUUGGAAUUGGAUGUGGAAGGGCGUUGGACGCGUUGGAGAGUUGCCAAAGUCAGCAUCUUGAUCAGCCCCAUUUGGUUUAUGGCACAGCUCACUUUUAACCUUUCCCUCAAAUACACUACAGUUACUUCCAAUACCAUCCUGAGCAGUGCAUCCAGUCUCUUCACAUUUCUAGUUGCUCUCGUGUUUUUGGGCGAGAAGUUCGCUUGGGUGAAGCUCAUCAGUGUUCUGCUUUGUAUGGGAGGAGUCAUCGUUGUCAGCCUUGGAGACUCGGAUGCAGGAGCCAAUAAGGAUGCCCCACAUCCUGUGCUCGGAGAUUUUCUUUCUCUUUUAUCUGCAGCAUUUUAUGCUGCUUAUGUAACACUCAUUCGCCAAAAAUUGCCUGAUGAAGAUGAUAAAGCUGAAGGCCAUGUUAGCAUGGCACAAUUUCUUGGAUUCCUGGGCUUGUUCAACUUCAUCAUAUUCUUUCCCGUGGCUCUCAUUCUUGCGUUUUCCAAGCUCGGGCUUUUCAACACUCUCACUGGGAAGCAAUUUGGUUUAAUCGUUGGAAAAGGUUUACUAGAUAAUGUGGUGAGCGACUAUCUAUGGGCCAAGGCUGUGCUCCUUACGACGACCACUGUGGCUUCUGCAGGUCUCGCAAUUCAGGUACCGUUGGCGAUCAUCGUGGAUUCAUUGAGAGGGAUUGCACCUCAUCCAUUGGAUUAUGUUGGAGCUGUUGCUGUGUUGAUUGGUUUCACUGGCCUUAAUUUCCCUUCAGAUGCUCUUUCAACAACUAGAGAAUCCCAUCUUGAAUUGCAGACUAGAAAUACAACAAAUGUUCACAAUCACCUUUCAGAUGCUGCGGAAUAGAUUUUUGCAUUGGCGAGUGUACAACAUGUAAUAUAAACAGCUAUAUCGUUUCAAGUGAAAAAGAAAAGUAGCUGUUUGGUGUUA